CUGCGUCGCCGUCAGACCUGCCCCUGGCCUCUCAACCACGAGGUCGUUGUUCAGCCUGAUCAGGCAGCGAACACCAAGCAACCUUUCAGACCUAACCGCCAAUACGCUCAUAGGCAAUCAGAGGCUUGUCUUCGGUCUGGCUUCACUCAUUCACUCAUGUCCCGGAUGUGAUGAACAGGCAACGAGGCCCUACAGUUCGUCAUUCGAUGGAGGAAGCCUUUGAGGGCAUCUACGGUGUCAACGCGGGUGACUUGCUUCAAUGCCCUUUGGCCCGGAUUCAAGACACAGAUCUGAGAUUAUGGCGAUUGAGGCUAUCUUGCACGCCACUCCUGACAGGCGCACACCACCCCACAGAACACUUUGAGAAACUCGAUCAGCAGCUCUCAGUCCUUCUGCCGCGUCCUUGCGGCUUUAUCAAGGAUUCCUCUCGCAAGGCCGGCGCCGAUCUCCAUGAUAUGCGUUCCAAGUCGGAAAAGCUGCUCGCCCGUCUACCAGGAGUCCCUCAGCGCAGUUUCUCACUGCCUCUGAACAACGGUAUAAGGCGGGCGCAAGGCACGACCCUGUGGGACAGUAUCAAAGACGGUAGAUGGUCAACAAAGUAUAUUGUGCCAGAAGCGCGAUCCCACUUCCAGGCGCAGAGCUCAGAAGAUGCUGCCUCCAUUCUCAACUUACUGUCCAAGUUACAAGAUCUCGCCUGGGACAAUCUGUACGUGACCACCCACAUUGACAGCAAUUCCAUGAUUCUAGCAGCUGUAUUCGCAAAUCAAGGCUCCGCCCCGGAUCUGCAACUUGCUCAAAACUCGCUCGAAUAUGUGAAUCUGCUCUCCGAGUUGUUUGACGAAUAUCAGAGCAUGUGUGACGCCGUAUCUUUCGGGGUCCAAGCUCCAUUCGAGGACGACUCAACCGAAGGCCGCGCUUUGAAGAAUGCCCUGUUUCCUCAUGAGCACGAUGACCAUGAACAGGCGAUGGCGAUCGUCAAGGUUUUUCUCUGGUCGGCAUGGCAGCGUUCCGUAAUGCUGCACUUCUAUUAUGUGAUCGGAGUUCAACUUGCUCAUGGAUACUCGUCGACUUGGAACACUUUCCUGGCCGUUCGAGGUAUACACGAGCUCGAAUCUCUGUCUAGAGAUACGUAUCGCGGCAAAUGCACCGACUAUCUCUGCAACUGGGCUUUUGAGCUUCUCAGAACCAGUCGUACAUCUGUCGGGCUGGACUUUCGCCGGAUGAUUUCAAGGUUCGAUGCUCAAUUCCGUGGGCGACAUGGGCGAUGCAUUAACGAUUCGACUCACACCUGUGAAGGUGGUGAGCCAGAGACGUGCCAGAGGUUUACUGCUGCAGAGGCCGCCGCGCAGUCAGCACACUCCCCUGGCUGUAAUAAGCAUUGUUCGAGAAUUGUGUGGAAUCCACCUUCAUACUACGAGUGCCGAAAGCCAGCCGCGAUUUCGGCUGUCGAAAAUUCUGCAUAUCUGGACUAUUCUCCUGUUUCUUCUCAGACUCUAGCAAUUUCUCACGUCUGGAGCCACGGUCAAGGCGGCCGUCCCGAGACAGGCAUCAACACCUGUCUACAUCAACGAUAUUGCCGUUUGGCCCGUCAAUUUGGGUGCGACACAUAUUGGAUUGACGCUGCAGGUAUUCCCAGCGAGACCACCCUAAGACGCCAGGCCAUCGACAGCAUCAACGAAAUCUUCGCUGCGGCCAAGGUAACCCUGAUCAUCGACAUGGAUGUCCAAUCAGUCGACGUGACUCUGCCAGAGCCCAGCAUUGCACAAAUUGAGACGCUGAUCUCAACACUAUUGGUGAGUGAUUGGACUGUCCGUGGCUGGACGUUAUUGGAAGGGAUCCGUGGCAGUCGUGCGAUCUGGCUGCUCUGCAAGAAUGAUGAAGUAAUAAAUCUCCGUUAUGCUCUUGCCAUGUUACACGAGCGCGGUGCGAUCGACAUCGGCGUCCUGCUUGGGAGUGCGCAACAUCUGAUCCCUCAUUCAGACCCAGCCUCGAGGAAGAGCGUUGAAGAAGCAGGCUAUCUUCUCAGUCAACGCCACACGUCCUGGCCUGAAGAUGUGAUAAUUUGUUGGACUUUGCUGAUCAAUGCACCUGUCAAAAGGGAGGCGGCUGGUCUCUGGCAGAAGCAGACGAGAGUCAGAAGUGGAUAUAUAUUAUCAAGCGCUCCACGUGUCGGCACGAUGAAAGGCCUUGGUUGGGCACCCAGCACGCCGUAUAUUCGGCCAAUCAGACGGUCAGUUGGACUUGACGACGGUAGGAGUCAAGAGUAUAGUGUGAGGUUUCCGUCAUAUGAUGGAGAGGGUAGCCUUUUUGUCAACAUCACGGACGAUGGCUUGCGUGGAAAAUGGCGUGUCGUGGAGGCUGACCGCUCGCUUCUAGAGAGUAACAAGGACCUGUGCUGCGAGUUGACACCCGUUCCCGAGGCAUGGCAGGAUGAUGAAUUGGACCUCGAAGCAGCCGAGAUGAUAUAUGCGCACCCGGACGACGCACUGGCCUGGCUUACAAUGGCAGAGUUACUGGACCAUGGAGCCCGCGUAAGGCUUGUCAGAGCAGUGGCUGAAGAUGGUAUCUCCGCGGCCGUCAGCAGCAGCCAGCGAGGAGAGGACUUUGGGUUGAUUGCGGCGAUUUGCGCCAGCCUCAAUGGGGGAUUGUCAUGGGAAUGGAAAGGGGUAUAUUCCUGGCAAGAGAGUGAGAAUUAUCCGGGUUGGGAUAUUGAUGAGAUGUUGAUCACGUAG